UUGUAACUAAAUUUUUUUGUCUGUAUGUGAAUAAAAUUACUGCCACUUCACUGUGAAUUCCAAAUCGAUUUGAUAAUACAGUUUCAUUUAGAAAAUCUUGCGGUCAAAAUUUCAGGAUUUUCAAAUCCGAGUUUUUGCUUUUUAAUGUAAUAUAUAAAUUAUAUGCAUCGGGUUUUGAACCCUUUAGUACUAAAAUUGUUUCAAAAUGUAAAACUACCUUUAUUAAAUUUAUUUUAAUAUUUUGUUCCAAAGAUAACGACUGGAAGAUAACGACUGAAAGAUAACGACUGAAAGAUAACGACCGAAAGAUAACGACUGAAAGAUAACGACUGAAAGAUAACGACUGAAAGAUAACGACUGAAAGAUAACGACUGAAAGAUAACGACUGAAAGAUAACGACUGUAAAACAACGACUGAAGAUAAGGACUGAAAGCACUUCAAAAAUAAAAAUUAUUAUUUAUUCAAGAAUAUAUUGAAAAGGAUGGCUGGUAUAACAGAAGAUUUAAAUCAAAUUAAAUGGAGCGAUGAAUCUCUUCCAUUAUCAAAGUUUGUCACGAAAUACCCUUUACCCCAGAUUGUGCAAGUUGAAAAUGGAUACGAUGGAGGCCUUGAUGAAAACUCGCUUAGCUCAGGUCAAAUUUUAAAGAUUCAUAAAUUGACUGUUGAACGUAAACUAUUAUGUUACGAUCGAAACAAUAAAGAAAUUUGCAUUUCUGCUUCGACAGACCAAAAAGUAAUUUUACAUACUCAAAACUAUGACAUAAUCUACAAAACUGUGGCUGACCUUGCUAAGGCCAAACCAUUGCCAGCAUAUGUUGAAGUAACACGAGGUUAUUACAACGUUGACAGCAAUGUUAACUAUGAACUUUCUGUUGAACCUGGUGAACAGCUUAAAGUUGUUCACAAUGCAAUGCAUAAACGUAAGAAACACAUGUUGUUUUUAAACAAUGAAAAUGUAGAAAUAAAAAUUCCUUUUGAUUGUGUAGCUGGAUUUCGUCCUCUUGUUGACAAUAAAAAAUAUUUGUUAUCUGAAAUACUUCCAAAUGAAACUAACGAAACAACCUAUCCUUUCUUCUUUGAAUUCGAAUCAGGAAGUAUGUACGGAGGUCUCGGCGUGCUGAAAUGUACUUCAGUUUACGAUGAAAAAUUAAUCAUUGCUUCUUGUGGGCAGGAUGAUUUACAAGUUGUUUUUAUGAUUCCUCAAAACUUUGCAGUUACUGUAAAAAUUGCCCUUGGGACUCUUAGAACCGAUCCUGAUUAUGACAAUAUUAGAAAAUCAUUUCAUAACUUUCAAGAAAUUGAACAUAGAGUUCAUAUAUCUAGCAUGAAUAAAAUAUAUAACCGAGAAACUUCUGUAAUUUCUGGAUUUACAUUACCUUCACGAACUAGCACAGUAUCUUCUAUUGACACAAGCAUAAGUACAAACAAAGAUUUCCUACUAAUUAAACACCCUUCGAAUAAUAUUCAAACGCCUGGUGAUGUUUUUACCAAUAGUAGCCUGAACAACUAUGAAUUGUCUAUUGCAACAGACUCUGACACCGAUCUUGAACUAGCCCAACUUGUCAAUAAAAAUGAUGAAAAUGGCGCACGAAAAAGAACUUAUGAGUGUUCGGACCAACCGCCAAUAAGAAAUUCUUCAGCUGUAAGAGACAUGAGUGUCAAAGACUUGUGCCACAACUUACAACUCCUAAAUAUGUCAAAGUAUGUAACUAUAUUUGAAGACAAUCAAAUCGAUGGUGCCUUACUUUGUGAGCUGGGAAAAGAGGAGCUUGCUGAUUUAGGACUAAACAAAUUUGAAACAAAAAAACUAAUUGCCUUUAAGAAAGGAUGGCGACCAAAUUUAAGUUAAAUAAAAUAUUAAUUUUUUUAAAAAAAUUACUGUUUAAA